AUGACUCCAUUGCCUCGUUUCCUACGAAACCUCCAGAUUGAUGAUAAUGUUCACUCUGGAAUUGCAGCUGCCGUGCUUCGUGAUCCCGAUGCUCGUCCGGCUAAGCGCCCACGCCACGUGACAGCCACUCCACAGCCGUCGAAGUCACCUGACGUACUGGUGCCACAGCAAUUGCCAGAGCACGUGCACUCUUUAAAUCCAGAAUUAGCAGAUACGCCAUCAGCAGAAAACGCUGGCGAUUCUCGCUAUAACACCUGGCGACUGCCUCAGUCACGUGCAGAGGCUGACGCGUUGAGCGACUAUGUACUAUUUCCACGUACGAUUGCAAGAUCUCAUUCAUUGGGUAAGGAUUAUAAUCCAAAUGUAGUAGGAUUGAAGUAUGAUCCUCAUGUGUUUUUUAAUUUCCAUCGUUUGGCACGUGUGCGACCAAAACAACGAGAAAUUGAAGAAAGACAGAGAUUGAGUGAUAAGUCACGUGAUGCAAAGCAUCACGUGACACAUCAUGUGCCACGAACUAUUCCGUCACGUGCCGACCGUCGGCGAUUCCGUCGUCUUCUAACAGAUUCCUUACCUGCUUCUAAUGUUAAUACUAAUGUUCCUCUUACGAAUAUUGAUAAUCCAAUUACAAAUAUUUCUGAAUUCACUUCUUCUGAUGGCAUUCAAUACGUUUAUUUAGAUGAUCGUGAGAUUAAAACUUGGUUCCGUUCACCUUUCCCACCUCAUCUUAAUCGUAAUAAAUUAUUAUUUGUUUGUCAACAUUGUUUACGGUAUACUGGUUCCCGUUAUGCUCAUACACGGCAUCGUGUGAAAUGUCCAGUAACUUUUCCUCCAGGAAAUGAAGUUUAUCGUGAUGGUAUUCUUUCCAUAUGGGAAGUAGAUGGUCGUGAACAAGUACGUUAUUGCAGAGCACUUUGUCUCUUGGCUAGACUUUUCUUACAUUCCAAGACUUUAUAUUAUGAUGUGGAACCCUUUAUAUUUUAUGUUUUAACUGAAAGAGCCGCCGAUGGCAAAUGUCGACUGGUAGGCUAUUUUUCACAAGAAAAAUUAAGUGCUGCUGAUUAUAAUUUAAGUUGUAUCUUGGUAUUACCCACUUAUCAACGACGUGGAUAUGGCCAUUUUUUAAUUGAUUUUUCAUAUCUAUUAUCUCGUCGUUCAUUCAAAUGGGGGACACCAGAGAAACCCUUGUCUGAUUUAGGUUUACUCUCAUAUCGUAGCUUUUGGACUCUUAAAGUAUGUCAGACUUUACAAAUGUUAAAACCUUUAGCAGAACGUGCUGAUGAUGGUGAUGAUUUCAAUAUCACUUUGGAAUUAUUAGCGAACCUUACUGGUAUGCUUCCAGUAGAUAUAGUAUUUGGAUUAGAACAAUUACAACUUUUGUAUCAUAAACCCACGUCUCAUAAAUAUUCCAUUCGAAUUAAUGAUUGGCAAAUUAUAGAUUCCAUUGUCGAUCGUUGGAACGCUAAGGGGUAUGCUACGUUGGAUCCAACAAAAUUGUUAUGGAAACCAAUGAUUUUUGGUCCCUCGUGUGGUGUUAAUGCUGUGGGGACUAUUGAAACAAGUUCUGUAAGCACACCUGCAAACCCAAACAUCUUUGUCAAUAAACCUACAAGUCCCGACCCUUUCAAAAAAUCUAUUGAAAUGUUGGUCAAUUUCAUGCAAGAUGAUCUUGCAGAUCCUCGUACAAUGGAACGUUCUACUUUGGACACCCUAAUAAAUAAUCCAAUUAUAACAACUUCAGAAUUUUAUCAUCCAGGUGAAUGGAAAUUAUGUUUUAUUCAGCCACAGUUAAAUCACAAGGACUUACAAUUAUCAAGGAAAAGGUAUAAAUCAAAAAGACAAUUAAUAGAUGAGGAAGAUGGGUUACUUCAUACAGAUGAUGAUACUUCUAGUUUGACCGAUGUAAAUAUAGAUUCAAAUAUAUAA